CACAUUCAUAUUCAUAGAGAGAGAGAGAGAGAGAGAGAGAGAGAGAGAGAGAGAGAGAAUAAAGGGCAAGAAAAACAAAGGAACCAAAAAGAUACCAACAAAGCACAAAGGAAAGGGAAAGCUCAGUUGAAAACCAAUUCAAGGAUAAAAAGGGCCUUCUUCACUCAUCAAGGGCGUGGCAGAUUUAUUUUGGGGACACAAAGAGAAAGAGAGAAAGAGAGAAGCCUUUGCCUCUUUGUAUUGCUCUUUUGUUUUGCCACAACCAAAAUCAUCUUUCAUAUAUCAAGCAAAGAUGAUGUGUGGAAAGAAAGAAGAUCAAGGCGAGUGUUCACAGAGUCAUCAUCAUCAACAAGUCCAAAACAUUCAAGAGCAGUUGCUUCUCCAACAACAACAACAGAUGAUGCAACAACAACAACAAAACCACAACGAUUUGUACGGUCGAGGAUUGAUUUUCCCUCAUGAUCAAGCUCCACCUCCAAUCCUGCAGCCAUGGACUCUCCCUCCGAUCCACGGUUUCAACCCGGCCCACUUUCCGGUCCGAGGGGACAACAACAUCGACCCAUUUCUAGUCCCUCCUCCAGCUCCCUCAUCAUCCUAUGCCAGUUUCUUCAACAGAAGAGGAGCUCCAUCACUACAGUUCACGUACGACGGUUCAGCAUCCGAUCAUCACCACCUCAGAAUUUUAUCGGAGGCGCUAGGACCGAUGGUCCAGCCCGGUUCGGCUCCUUUCGGUCUUCAAGCCGAGCUGGGGAAGUUGACAGCCCAAGAAAUCAUGGACGCCAAGGCACUCGCAGCUUCCAAAAGUCACAGCGAGGCCGAAAGAAGAAGAAGAGAGAGAAUAAAUAACCACCUUGCUAAGCUGCGCAGCCUAUUACCCAGCACCACGAAAACGGACAAAGCCUCAUUGCUAGCCGAAGUGAUACAACAUGUGAAGGAGCUGAAACGGCAGACGUCUGUAAUAGCAGAGACCAGUCCGGUGCCGACCGAAACAGACGAGCUGAUCGUGGACGACGCGUCGGACGAGGAGGGCAAGUUCGUAAUCAAAGCCUCGCUGUGUUGCGAGGACCGGUCGGAUCUGUUGCCUGAUCUCAUCAAGACACUCAAGGCAUUACGUUUGAGAACAUUGAAAGCUGAGAUCACAACGUUAGGUGGACGCGUGAAGAAUGUUUUGUUCAUCACCGGAGAAGAAGAUUCAAGUAGUAGCGAAGAGCAGCAGCAACAGCAGUACUGUAUAAGCUCGAUACAAGAAGCGCUCAAGGCGGUGAUGGAGAAGAGCGGCGGAGGAGACGACUCUAAUUCUUCAGGCAGUGUUAAACGGCAAAGGACUACUAAUAAUACCAACAUCAAUAUCCUCUAAUCAAUUUUCAUAAUUUUUUUUUUCUGGUGUGGCGUGUUUUGGUGUGAUGUAGCAAACAAAAAAAAAACAGUGGAGGAUCUUUUUCGUGGUGGGAGAGAAACCUUGUAGAAAAUCCAAACAUAGAAAAUGGUGGUGUUGAGUGCGCUUUGAUCCGGUUUGAACUAAAAGUUGCAGACUUUGUUUCUAUAUAUUCUAAGUGAGCAAAUGUUGAAAUGUACUACGUAUAGCAGUGUGUGUUUUUGUUGUUUCUGUUGUAAUCUUCAUUUUCACUGAACUGGUUCAGAGUUCAGAGUAGUUUCAGACUGGGAGUACUGGUGGGAACUGGAACUAGAUGACAAUGUGGGUUAUGGUCGUGGUCAUGAUGAAGGUGACGAUGUAGUUUGCGUCAUGUGCUACGUACGUUGUUAUCGUCCCCACAACUACCACCGGGACCAGGUACCACUACUUACUUCUCUUGUCUUCCCAAUUCGUACGGACUGUGUUUUCAGGCUCUCUGGGUUUUUCAGUAAUCAAGGGAUUAGAAAAAUGGCAGAAACCCUAAUUAAGUGAUCCAGGCACUGCGUCAUCGGUCUGAGUUUGUAGUGUCGUGUGAUAUGAUUGACUGACUUUGAGAUCGACUAGAAUCUGUAUGUAUAUACACAUUAAUAUAUUAAUUAUAUAUUUUUCUUU